AUGCUUCUCUGUUCAGAACAAGCGGUGAAGAGUUUUGUAUCCUACGAGGUUCAUGCGUUCUAUUACCCGUGGUACGCCUCAGAAAGCUUCAACGGGGAGUGGAGUCACUGGAACCACAAGACAAUUCCUCAUUGGACUCCCUCAAUCAACAAGCAGUAUCCUCAGAAGCAGCACAAGCCCCCAGAGGAUAUCGCUGCCAAGUACUAUCCCAGUUUAGGCCCCUAUGCGUCGAACGAUCCUUCCGUCAUUCGUGAUCACAUGAAACAGUGCAUAUCUGCUGGGAUUGGGACGCUCUCGGUUUCUUGGUAUCCGCCAAACACAAAGGACGACAAUGCGAUCUUGUUCGUCGAUGACUUUAUCCCCCUCAUUUUGGACAUCGCAAACGAAUUCCAGGAGAAGAUCUGCUUCCAUCUAGAGCCCUAUCCCAAUCGAAGCGCGGCAUCGGUUCGAAAUGAUAUCGAGUAUCUAAUUACAAAAUAUGGAUCUCAUCCCGCAUUUUAUCGCUACGAAGGGAAACCAUUGGUGUACAUUUACGAUUCGUACAAUGUUCCGAGCAGCGAAUGGCGGGAAUUAUUGGCUCCCGACGGGAAAAUCACAAUUCGCAACACGCCUCUCGAUGUGAUCGCCAUCGGCCUCUAUGUAGAGAGAGGGGACAAUUCCAAGCUGUCCAGCGGCUACUUCGAUGGUUUUUACACCUACUUCGCCGCCCAGAACUUCGUUUAUGGCAGCACGUCGCGGAAUUGGAGGGAAAUGAAAAACGCGGCAAAACAAAAUCCCCGCCUGCGAUUCUUCAUUCCGUCGGUGGGCCCGGGGUACGACGACACGGUGGUGCGGCCGUGGAACUUCCGAAACACGAAGGAUCGGUUGGGAGGGAACUAUUAUCGGCAGAUGUGGGCAGAUGCGCUGCAACUGCAGCCGGAGAUUGUGUCGAUCACGUCUUUCAAUGAAUGGCACGAAGGAACGCAGAUUGAGAAGGCGGUGCAGAAGGAGGGAUACAGUGAUUAUGGAUCCGAUCCAGAGUUCUAUCUGAAAUUGACGCGAGAGAUCAUUGAAAAUAGCAAGAAAUAG